UCUACUUAUGGACCUGGCAGAAGGCUCAAGAAGAAGUCACCGUAGACAAGCUGUCAUAUGAAAACAGCUGGGCGAUCAGCGCAAGAAAGGAUUUAACAACAAUACAACGAAACCAUAUUUUCCAUACCCCAAAAAAGGUACAGUACAAUUUUCCUGACAAAGGCUGUCUAUAAUACGUGUUUAAUUAAUGUCUAUAACGUUCAGUGUCAACUAGUUUGUAGCGGUUGGGCUGGUUGGCUAGGCUAGCUAGUUGGCUAAGGUAACUGGCUACUGUUGCUACCUAGCCCAACUCACGCGCUGGCUAACAACAGCACCUCGUUUUCGCUUCAUGCAUGCAUUGAUUCAGAAAUGAUUGCAUAUUGUUAACUGGCUGUAGAUGUAGUAGCUCUGCUUGAGCUUCUUCUACGUUACGCAUCUAACACAGAAUGUUGCUUCUACCAUGUUUAUUACUGACUAGCUAAUAGUUACCUCUGACAAUUAGCUGGUGAGGCUAGCUUGAGCCCGUUGAUUUGGUAUUUACGUUGUGCUAACUUCUACUAGCAAAUAGCUAGUUAACUGUUAAUCUAUUGUUAGCUUGUUAAACCAGUGAAACUGCAAUGCACAAUACUACUAGUUAAAUGUCUUCCUGCAUGUGUCUAGAUAACAGCCAGACUAUUCAUGGUUGAUUAUAUUUUCAAUAGUUCAAUUCGUGCAGUAUAUUUCGUCAGCUAGUAGCUUGCUAGCUAAUGCGGGCCUUGUUAGCUAGCAUCCAUUCAAGAUGGGAUUUAAACCCCCUCUGCUAAGCGCAUUGUGCAGAUGGCCAGUUUAGCUGGCUAGCUAGCUAGUUAGUUUUCAAUUUUCUCUCCGCAACCAGUUCUUAUUAUUUAUCUCAAUUUUGACUACUGUAACAAUCUUGAAUUCUGACAAUGACUAAAUAAAGGGAGUGGUUGAUUCAACCAGUCGUAGUUAUCAAUAUUCUAACUGCCUCCUUUGAGCUGCCAUUGUUGGCUAUCACAACUGAACGUAGGCUAGCUCAGACCGAAAGACGGACAAAGAUCAGAUUAGCCCCACUGCACUUCGGACUUAACUUGAAAAAUAAAUGCACUGUCACAAGUGAUUUUAGCUAUAAGGAUUUAGCUACUAGAUAUAAUAAGUGCAUUGAAUGAUUUCAGAAAAUAGUUGACCAGAUUUAUAUGGCAAAGUUAACCAUUUAAAUAUCAACCAUUAUCAAUAUCGUUAUUUUGUAACUGCAACAACAUAAUUCAUAGACCUAUUUUAUUCAAAUGAAUUAAAAUGUAACUUUGUAUUGUUAUUGCUUUGCUUCGCUAGAUGAUCUAUAUGAAUGAUUUGAACCACAUAUCCUUAUUGUGGCCUAUUCCUCAAUGUACAUUUUUGCUUCUACUAUUUUGUAAGAAACCAAUUGUUAUUGUCUGUCUAGUCCUUUGUCUCCUUUUGUCAAAGUAAAUUCAGAGCUAGUGUACCAAAUAGGACCCUAUUCCCUAUAUAGUGCUCUACUUUUGAUGUGAGCCCUGGUCAAAAGUAGUGCACUAUGUAGGGAAUAGGGUGCCAUUCGGGACUUAACCAGAGUCGUGGCGAUGGGAACCCUGCUGGUGGUAACUAGCAGAGGGGGUUGUCAGAAUAUUUUGGACGACCACGAUUUCCUUUGUGGGAGAUGACCGUCACCCAGUGGUCAACUUGUGAAUAACACAGCAAAACUGAAGGUUACAUUAGGGAGAAUGGGCAGAUUAGGUUGCGUCCCAAAGAGCACCCUAUUUAGUGCACUACUUUUGACCAGGGCCCAUACUCCCAUACUAUGGGCCCUGGUCAAAAGUAGUGUACUAUAUAGGGUGCUAUUUGGGAGUGAGACUUAUUGGUGUUGCACUGUCUGCAACACUGGGUUUAGUUCAGCUAAUCUACUAGCUUAUCAAUGCUUAUUGGAUUGAUGAUUUGUUAAUUAGUAGAAUCAGAGGUGUGUGUUAGCGAGCUGGAAGAAGGAAGAGAAGCCUGUCACCUUGGCUGGUGCUCCUCAGAUCAGGACCAGGGUUUGUGAACAACACCCAAUGUUGUACAGUGUAGACUGCAGUAUUGCUUAAAUGAAUACCACAUAAAUAAAUAGACAUAGGUCAUUAUUGUGUAAUUAAGCAAUAAGGCCAGAGGGGGUGUGGACAUAUACCACAAACCCCAGAGGUGCCUUACUGCUAUUAUAAACUGGUUACCAGCGUAAUUAGAGCAGAAAAAAUACAUGUUUUGUCAUACCUGUGGUAUACGGUCUGAUAUACCACGGCUGUCAGCCAAUCAGCAUUCAGGGCUCAAACCACCCAGUUUAAUACUACAUAGUAAAUACUUGGUUACUUCUGUGCUGUAAGAUAGUGCUACUGUAAUACUGCACCUAGUAUGUAGACUAGCUAUGAUCUAGCAUCUCUAUGUAUCUCUAGGUUUUAUCAGUCUAGUCCGGCAGUCUACGGCCCUAGCCUGUGUUUUAUCAGUCUAGUCCGGCAGUCUACGGCCCUAGCCUGUGUUUUAUCAGUCUAGUCCGGCAGUCUACGGGGGGAUGGCAGUCUACGGCCCUAGCCUGUGUUUUAUCAGUCUAGUCCGGCAGUCUACGGCCCUAGCCUGUGUUUUAUCAGUCUAGUCCGGCAGUCUACGGCCCUAGCCUGUGUUUUAUCAGUCUAGUCCGGCAGUCUACGGCCCUAGCCUGUGUUUUAUCAGUCUAGUCCGGCAGUCUACGGCCCUAGCCUGUGUUUAUCAGUCUAGUCCGGCAGUCUACGGCGGGGAUGCCAAGUCUACGGCCCUAAGCCUGUGUUUUAUCAGUAUAGUCCCGGCAGUCUACGGCCCUAGCCUGUGUUUUAUCAGUCUAGUCAGGCAGUCUACGGCCCUAGCCGUGUUUGUCAGUCUAGUUCAGCCAGUCUACGGCCCUAGCCUGGUUGUAUCAGUCUAGUCCGGCAGUUCUACGGCCCUGCCCUGUGUUUAUAGUAUAGUCGGCAGUCUACGGCCCUAGCCGUGUUCUAUACAGCUAGUCCGGCAGUCUACGGCCCUAGCCUGUGUUUUACAGUCUAGUCUGGCAGUCUACGGCCCUAGCCUGGUUUUAUCAGUCUACGUCCGGCAGCCACAGAUCUAGGCCCCUCCGUGUUUUACAGUUCGAGUACAGCAGUCUACGGCCCCUAGCCUGUGUUAUCAGUCUAGUCUGGCAGUCUACGGCCCUCAUAGCCUGGUUUGAUCAGUCUAGUCGGCAAAGUCUACGGCCCUAGCCUGUGUUUUUAUCAGUCUAGUCAGGCAGUCUAACGGCCCCCUAGCCUGUGUUUAUCAGUCUAGUGAGGCAGUCUACGGCCCCUAGCCUGUGUUUUAUCAGUCUAGUCAGGCAGUCUACGGCCCUAGCCUGUGUUUUAUCAGUCUAGUCCGGCAGUCUACGGCCCUAGCCUGUGUUUUAUCAGUCUAGUCCGGCAGUCUACGGGUUUAAUCAGUCUAGUCCGGCAGUCUACGGCCCUAGCCUGUGUUAUAAUAUACUGUUAUAUUAUAUAUAACUUUUCUCUGUCCAGGUUUAAUUUGUUGAGGCAAGGAUGACUGGGGCAGAGGUCUACAGCCCUGUUAACCCCUCCUGCCCUGCUUCCUUAGGAUGUUAUUCUACUGCUUCCCCCUUAGGUAAUAGAACAUAUUACUGUAAUACCAUUAUAAUAAGGCUGAGCUAUUUCCUCUGUCAAGGCUUCAUCUGUGUAACCAGGCAGGAUGGCGGGGGCAGAGGUCUACGGCCCUGUUAACCCCUCCUGCAAGAUCAUGACCUUCAGGCCCACCAUGGAGGGAAUUCAGAGACUUCAACCAGUACCUGGCCUACAUGGAGUCCCAGGGGGCGCACCGGGCUGGCCUUGCCAAGGUGUGUGUGUGGGGAGGGGAGUGUGUGCCUGAGAGUAGGACUGGAAGUGUGUUUGGUGUGUGUCUGAUCGGGAAAGAUGAGAGAACAACCUAUGUGUGUGCUAGUCUGAGUGUAAUUUGGGGAUUAUCAGUCUCUCUCCUCUACCAGUCUCCAGGUAAUAACCCCCCCAUCUCUCCUAUACCUGUCUCCCGGUAUAAUAACCCCCAAAAAAAAAGAGAGACAGAAAAGGAGAAAGGGAAGAAAAAAAAAAACAACCCCCCACCCCCCUAUAAUCUUACCGUCGUCCAGGUGAUAACCCCCCCUCCUCUCCUCUACCUGUCUCCAGGUAAUAACCCCCCCCCUCUCCUCUACCUGUCUCCGGGUGAUAACCCCCCCCUCUCCUCUACCUGUCUCCAGGUGAUUAACCCCCCCCCUCUCCUCUACCUUCUCACGGGGAUUUGAUAACCCCCCCCCCCCUCCUCUCCUUACGUCUCCAGGUGAUAACCCCCCCCCCCCCCCCUCUCCUCUACCUGUCUCCAGGUAGGUAAUAAACCCCCCCCUUCUCCUCUACCUGUCUCCAGGUGAAAUUGAUAACCCCCCCACCCCUCCUCAAACCGUGUCUCCAGGUGAUAACCCCCCUCUCUACUAUAAUCUGUCUACAGGUAUAAUAACCCCCCCCCCCCCCUCCCUCUACCUGUCUCGGGUGUAACCCCCCCCUCUCCUCUACGUCUCCAGGUGAUAAACCCCCCCCCCCUUCUCAUAUAAAUGUCUCAAGGUGAUAAACCCCCCACCCCCUCCCCCCCCCCCCCCCCCCCACCCCUUUCCCUCUACAUGUUCUCCAGGUGAUAAACCCCCCCCCCCCUCUCCCUCUACCUGUCUCCAGGUAAUCAACCCCCCCCCCCACUCUCCUCUACCUGUCUCCAGGUGAUUGAUAACCCCCCCACCCUCCUCAAACCUGUCUCCAGGUGACUAAACCCCCCCCUUCUCCUCUACCUGUCUCCGCGGUGAUAACCCCUCUUCUCCUCUACCUGUCUCCAGGUGAACCCCCCCUCUCUCCUCUACCUGUCUCCAGGUGAUAACCCCCCCUCUCUCCUCUACCUGUCUCCAGGCCCUGAGAACCCCCCUCUCUCCUUACCUGGUCUCCAGGAAUAACCCCCCCCUCUCUCCUUCUACCGUCUCCGGGUUGAUAACCCUCUCCUCUACUGUCCCAUGUAAUAACCCCCCUCUCUCCUACCGGUUCUCCAGGUGAUAAACCCCCCCUCUCUCCUCUACCUGUCUCCAGGUGAUAAACCCCCACUCUCUCCUCUACCUUGUCGCCCAGGUUGAAACCCCCCCUCUCCCUCUUUACCUGUCUCCAGGUUAAUAACCCCCCCUUCUCUCCUCUACCUGGUCUCAGGUGAUAAACCCCCCCUCUUCUCCUCACCUGUCUCCAGGUGAAUAACCCCCCUCUCUCUUACCUGUCUCCAGGUGAUAACCCCCCCCUCUUCUCUACCUGUCUUCAGGUAAUAACCCCCCUCUCUCCUUACUGUCUUCCAGGUAUAACCCCCCCCCCCCCCUCUCUCUCUACCUGUCCAAGGUAAUACCCCCCCCCCCCUCUCCUCUGACCUGUCUCCAGGUGAUAACCCCCCACUCUCUCAUUACCUGUCUCCCAGGUACAAAUACCCUCCCCCCCCCCCCCCCCCCCCUCUCCUCUACCGUCUCAGGGUGAUAACCCCCCCCUCUCCUCUACCUGUCUCCAGGUGAUAACAUCCCCCCCUUCCUCCUCUACCUGUCCCAGGUGAUAAACACCCCCCCCCCUUCUCCUCUACCUGUCUCCAGGUGAUUAGAAACACCCCCCCCCCCCCCCCUCUCCUCUACCGCUCCAGGUGAUAACCCCCCACCCCUCCUCAAACCGUCUCCACGGUGAUAACCCCCCUCUCUCCUCUACCUGUCUCCAGGUAAUAAACCCCCACCCCCCCUCUCCUCUACCGUCUUACGGGGUGAUAAACCCCCCCCUCUCCUCUACCUGCUACAGGUGAUAAACCCCCCCCAUCUCCUCUCCUGUCUCAGGUGAUAACCCCCCCCCCCCCCCUAUCUGCUCUUACCUGUCUCCAGGUGAUAAACCCCCCCACCCCUCCUCCAAACCUGUCUCCAGGUGAUAAACCCCCCCUCUCUCCUCUACCUGUCUCCAGGAAUGGGAAUAAAACCCCCCUCUCUCCUCUACCUGGCUCCAUCACUUCGGUGAUAACCCCCCAUAUCUCCUCUACUGUCUCCAGGUGAUAACCCCCCCUCUCUCCUCUAACUGUCUCCGGUGUAACCCCCCUCUCUCCCUUACCUGUCUCCAGGUAAUAACCCCCUCUCUCCCUACCUGUCUCAGGUAAUAACCCCCCCCCACCCUCUCUCGACUAUACCUGUUCCGGUAAUAACCCCCCCCCCCUCCCUCUACCUGUCUCAAGGUGAUAACCCCCCUCUCUCCUCACCUGUUGUAUCCAGGUAAUAAACCCCCCCCCCCCCCCCCCCUCUCCUCUACGUCUCCGGGAUGAUAACCCCCCCUCUCCUCUACUGUCUCCGGUGAUAACCCCCCCCCCUCUCCUAUACUGUCUCCAGGUGAUAACCCCCCCCCCCCUAUCUUCUACCUGUCUCCAGGUGUGAUAAAACCCCCCCCCCCCCUCUCCUCUAACCUGUCUCAGGAGUGAAUAACCCCCCCACCCCUCCUCAAAACUGUCUCCAGGUGAUAAACCCCCCUCUCUCCUCUGACCUGUCUCCAGGUAAUAAAACCCCCCCCCCCCCUCUCCUCUACCUGUCUCCGGGUGAUAACCCCCCCCUCUCCUCUACCUGUCUCCAGUGAAACCCCCCCCCACUUCCUCUACAUGUCUCCAGGUGAAAACCCCCCCCCCCUCUGCUCUACCGGUCUCCAGGUGAUAACCCCCCCACCCAUCCUCAAACCUGUCUCCAGGUGAUAAACCCCCCUCGUCUCCUCUACCCUGUCUCAGGUAGGAAUAACUCCCCCCCCCCCUCUCCUCUACCUGUCUACGGGUGAUAACCCCCCCUCUCUCUACCUGGUUCUCCGGGUGAUAACCCCCCCUCUCCUCACCUGUCUCAGGGUGAUAAAAAAUUAAAAACCCCCCCCCCCCCCCUCUCCUCUACAUGUCUCCAGGUGAUAACCCCCCAACCCUCCUCAAACUGUCCCAGGUGAUAACCCCCCCUCUCUCCUCUACCUGUCUCCAGGUAUAACCCCCCCCCCCCCCCCCCUCUCCUCUACCUGUCUCCAGGGUGAGAACCCCACCCCCAUCUCCUUCUACCUGUCUCCAGGUGAAUAACCCCCCCUCCCCCCCCUCCUCUACCUGUUCCAGGUAUAACCCCCCCCCCCUUCUCCUCUACCUGUCUCCAAGGUGAUAAACCCCCCACCCCUCCUCAACCUGUCUCCGGUUGAUAACCCCCCCCUCUACUCUAACUGUCCCGGGUGAUAAACCCCCCCUCAUCAUCUACAUGUCUCAGGUGAUAAACCCCCCUCUCUCCUUACCUGUCUCCAGGUGAUAAACCCCCCCUCUCUUUCCUCUACCUGUCUCCAGUGAUACACCCCCUCUCUCCUCUACUGUCUCCAGGUGAUAACCCCCCUCUCUCCUCUACCUGUCUCAGGUAAUAACCCCCCUCUCUCACUCUACCUGUCUAGGGUGAUAACCCCCCUCUCCUCUACCUGUCUCCAGGUUGAUUAAAAACCCCCCCCCCUCUCCUCUAACUGUCUCAGGUGAUAACCCCCCACCCUUCUCAAAACCUGUCUCCAGGUGAUAACCCCCCCUCUCUCCCUCAACUGUCCUCCGGGUGAUAACACCCCUCUAAUCUACCUGUAUACAGGUGAUUAACCACCCCCCUCUGACAUCCUAUAAAUGUCUCCAGGUGAUAACCCCCCCCCCUCUCCUCACUGUAUUCCAGGUGAUAAAACCCCCCCCUCUACUCUACCUGUCUCCCGGGUACUAACCCCCCCCCCUCCGCUCCCUCUACCUGUCUCCAGGUGUGGAUAACCCCCCAACCCCUCCUCAAAAACUGUCUCCAGGUGAUAACCCCCCCUCUCCUUACCUGUCUCGGUGGGUGAUAACCCCCCCCUCUCUCCUCUACCUGUUCCAGGUGAUAAACCCCCCCUCUCUCCUUCUAACCUGUCUCCAGGUGAUAACCCCCCUCUCUCCUCUACCUGUUCCAGGUGAUAACCCCCCUUCUCCUAUACCUGUCUCAAGGGGAAUAACCCCCCCCUCUUCCUUACCUGUCUCCGGGUGAUAACCCUCUCCUUCUACCGUCUCAGGUAAUAACCACCCCUCUCUCCUCUUAUGUCUCCAGGUAAUAACCCCCCCCCACUCUCCUCUACCUGUCUCCAGGUGAUAACCCCCCUCUCUCCUCUACCUGUCUACAGUAAUAACCCCCCCCCCCCCCCCCUUCCUCACCUGUAUCCGGGUGAUCACCCCCCCUCCUCUCUACCUGUCUCCAGGUGAGAAACCCACCCCCCCCCCCCACCCUCUCCUCUACCUGUCUCCAGGUGAUAACCCCCCCCCCCCCUCCCUCUACCGUCUCCAGGUGAUAACCCCCCCCCCCCCCCCCUCUCCUCAACCUGUCUCAGGUGGUGAAUAACCCCCCCCUCUAUCCUCUAACUGUCUCCAGGUAAUAACCCCCCCCCCUCUCAUUACCUGUCUCGGGUUGAUAACCCCCCCCUCUCCUUACCUGUCUCCAGGUGAUAAAAACCCCCCCCCCUCUCCCCUACCUGUCUCCAGGUGAUAACCCCCCCCCCCCUCUCCUCUACCUGUCUCCAGGUGAUAACCCACCCAACCCCUCCUCAAACUGUCUCCAGGUGAUAACCCCCCUCUCUCUUAACGUCUCCAGGUAAAUAAACCCCCCCCCCCCCCUCUCAUCAACCUGUCUCCGGGUGAUAAACCCCCCCUCUCAUUACCGGUCUCCAGGUGAUUAACCCCCCCCCCCUCUUCCUUACCUGUUCCAGGUGAUAACCCCCCCCCCCUCCUCAAACCUGUCUCAGGUGAUAACCCCCCCUGUCUCCUCUACCUGUCUCCGGGUGAUAACCCCCCCUCUCUCCUCUACCUGUCUCCAGGUGAUAACCCCCCCCCCCCUCUCCUCUACCUGUCUCCAGGUGAUAACCCCCCCCCCCUCUCUCUACCUGUCUCCAGGUGAUAACCCCCCCCCCCCCCUCCUCUAACCUGUCUCCAGGGAAAACCCCCCCCCCCCCCCUCUCUCUACCUGUCUCCAGGUGAAACCCCCCCACACCUCCUCAACCCUGUUCCAGGUGAUAACCCCCCCCCUCCUCUACCUGUCUCCGGGUGAUAACCCCCCCUCUCUCCUCUACCUGUCUCCAGGUGGAUAACCCCCUCUCUCCCUUACCUGUCUUCCAGGUGAUAACCCCCCCUCUCUCUCUACCUGUCUCCAGUGAUAAAACCCCCCCCCCUUCUCUCCUCUACCUGUCUCAGGUCAUUUACUCUAAGGUUGUGGCGUCCUCGGUGUAGCUAUGAUGAUAUUGAUGACCUGGUGAUCCAUGCUCCUAUACAGCAGAUGGUUGCUGGUCAAUCAGGCCUGUUCACUCAGUACAACAUCCAGAAGAAACCCCUCAGCGUUAAGGAGUUCAGACGCCUCGCCAACAGUGACAAGUCAGUAACUACACACGCACACGCACACGCACACACACACGACAAAGACAGAAGCACAGUAAACAAACAGACAAACAAACAACAGCGACAAGUCAGUCUGAGAAAUCAAGAUCCUUUUCAUGUCUGAAACCCUAUGGUUUCACCUGUUGUCUGUCUGGGUAGUCUAUAGAACAGAUCUAUAGUUUCACCUGUUGUCUGUCUGGGUAGUCUAGAAGAUCAUAGUUUCACCGGCAAAGAAACAGAUCUAUAGUUUCACUGUUGUCUGUCUGGGUAGUCUAUAGAACAGAUCUAUGGUUUCCACCUGUUGUCUGUCUGGUAGUCUAUAGAACAGAUCUAUAGUUUCACCUGUGUGUCUGUCUGGGUAGUCUAUAGGAAACAGAUCUAUGGUUUCACCUGUUGUCUGUCUGGGUAGUCUAUAGAAAGAUCUAUAGUUUCACCUGUUGUCGUCUGGGUAGUCUAUAGAACAGAGGGGUAGUCUAUAGAACAGAUCUAAGUUUCACCUGUUGUCCUGUCUGGGUAGUCUAUAGAACAGAUCUAUAGUUUCACCUGUUGUCUGUCUGGGUAGUCUAUGAACAGAUCUAUAGUUUCACCUGUUGUCUGUUGGGUAGUCUAUAGAACAGAGGGGUGGUCUAUAGAACAGAUCUAUAGUUUCACCUGUUGUCUGUCUGGUAGUCUAUAGAACAGAUCUAUAGUUUCACCUGUUGUCUGUCUGGGUAGUCUAUAGAACAGAUCUAUGGUUUCACCUGUUUCUGGUCUGGGUAGUCUAUAGAACAUAUCUAUGGUUUCACCUGUUGUCUGUCUGGGUAGUCUAUAGAAACAAUCUAUGGUUUUCAACCUGUUGUCUGUCUGGGUUAGUCUAUAGAACAGAUCUAUAGUUUCACCUGUUGUCUGUCUGGGUAGUCUAUAGAACAGAGGGGUGGUCUAUAGAACAGAGGGGUAGUCUAUAGAACAGAGGGGUAGUCUAUAGAACAGAUCUAUAGUUUCACCUGUUGUCUGUCUGGGUAGUCUAUAGAACAGAUCUAUAGUUUCACCUGUUGUCUGUCUGGGUAGUCUAUAGAACAGAUCUAUGGUUUCACCUGUUGUCUGUCUGGGUAGUCUAUAGAACAGAUCUAUGGUUUCACCUGUUGUCUGUCUGGGUAGUCUAUAGAACAGAUCUAUAGUUUCACCUGUUGUCUGUCUGGGUAGUCUAUAGAACAGAUCUAUAGUUUCACCUGUUGUCUGUCUGGGUAGUCUAUAGAACAGAUCUAUAGUUUUUCACCUGUUGUCUGUCUGGGGUAGUCUAUAGAACAGAUCUAUAGUUUCACCUGUUGUCUGUCUGGGUAGUCUAUAGAAACAGAAUCUAUAGUUUCCACCUGUUGUCUGUCUGGUAAGUCUAUAGAACAGAUCUAUGGUUUCACCUGUUGUCUGUCUGGGUAGUCUAUAGAACAGAUCUAUAGUUUCACCUGUUGUCUGUCUGGGUAGUCUAUAGAACAGAGGGGUCGUCUAUAGAACAGAGGGGUGGUCUAUAGAACAGAGGGGUAGUCUAUAGAACAGAGGGGUGGUCUAUAGAACAGAGGGGUGGUCUAUAGAACAGAGGGGUGGUCUAUAGAACAGAUCUAUGGUUUCACCUGUUGUCUGUCUGGGUAGUCUAUAGAACAGAUCUAUAGUUUCACCUGUUGUCUGUCUGGGUAGUCUAUAGAACAGAGGGGUAGUCUAUAGAACAGAUCUAUAGUUUCACCUGUUGUCUGUCUGGGUAGUCUAUAGAACAGAUCUAUAGUUUCACCUGUUGUCUGUCUGGGUAGUCUAUAGAACAGAUCUAUGGUUUCACCUGUUGUCUGUCUGGGUAGUCUAUAGAACAGAUCUAUGGUUUCACCUGUUGUCUGUCUGGGUAGUCUAUAGAACAGAUCUAUAGUUUCACCUGUUGUCUGUCUGGGUAGUCUAUAGAACAGAGGGGUAGUCUAUAGAACAUAGGGGUAGUCUAUAGAACAUAGGGGUAGUCUAUAGCACAGAGGGGUAGUCUAUAGCACAGAGGGGUAGUCUAUAGAGCAGAGGGGUAGUCUAUAGCGCAGAGGGGUAGUCUAUAGCGCAGAGGGGUAGUCUAUAGAGCAGAGGGGGUAGUCUAUAGCACAGAGGGGUAGUCUAUAGCACAGAGGGGUAGUCUAUAGCACAGAGGGGUAGUCUAUAGCACAGAGGGGUAGUCUAUAGCACAGAGGGGUAGUCUAUAGAACAGAGGGGUAGUCUAUAGAACAGAGGGGUGGUCUAUAGAACAGAGGGGUAGUCUAUAGCGCAGAGGGGUAGUCUAUAGCGCAGAGGGGUAGUCUAUAGCGCAGAGGGGUAGUCUAUAGAGCAGAGGGGGUAGUCUAUAGAGCAGAGGGGGUAGUCUAUAGAGCAGAGGGGUAGUCUAUAGAGCAGAGGGGUAGUCUAUAGAGCAGAGGGGUAGUCUAUAGAGCAGAGGGGUAGUCUAUAGAGCAGAGGGGUAGUCUAUAGAACAGAGGGGUAGUCUAUAGAGCAGAGGGGUAGUCUAUAGCACAGAGGGGUAGUCUAUAGCACAGAGGGGUAGUCUAUAGCACAGAGGGGUAGUCUAUAGCACAGAGGGGUAGUCUAUAGCGCAGAGGGGUAGUCUAUAGAGCAGAGGGGUAGUCUAUAGAGCAGAGGGGUAGUCUAUAGAACAGAGGGUAGUCUAUAGAACAGAGGGGUUAGUCUAUAGAGCAAGGGGUAGUCUAUAGCACAGAGGGGUAGUCUAUAGCACAAGAGGGUAGUCUAUAGCACAGAGGGGUAGUCUAUAGCACAGAGGGUAGUCUAUUAGAACAGAGGGGUAGUCCUAUAGAACAGAGGGGUAGUCUAUAGCACAGAGGGGUAGUCUAUAGAACAGAGGGGUAGUCUAUAGAGCAGAGGGGUAGUCUAUAGAGCAGAGGGGGUAGUCUAUAGAACAGAGGGGUAGUCUAUAGAGCAGAGGGGUAGUCUAUUCAACUCAUUUAGAUUCUUUACAGUCUAGAAUGUAAUGUACUUAGAAGUUUAUGUGCCGACAUGAUGCCUUUUAUCAUUCUAAAAGAUCGCUGUCCCCGUUCACAUUUAAGUUUUUAUGUUGCUAUUUUCUCUCUCCAGAUACUGUACUCCCCGUUACCUGAACUAUGAGGACCUGGAGAGGAAGUACUGGAAGAACGUGACCUUCGUAUCUCCCAUAUAUGGAGCUGACGUCCCCGGGAGCCUCUAUGACGAGGUAGAUGUCUCAGGAAUCAUAGAAUAUCAGUCUCUCUCUUCAUCUGUUUUCAAACCCUUUUCCGUCUCUCUCUCCUCUCUCUCUUCUCUCUCCUCUCUCUCCUCUCUCUCCUCUCCUCCUCUCUCUCUCUCCUCUUCCUCUCCUCUCUCGCUCUCCUCCUCCUCUCUCCUCUACUUCUCUCUCUCUCUCCCUCUCUCCUCCUCUCCUCUCUCUCUCUCUCUCCUACUUCGUCUUUCUUUCCUCCUCUCUCCUCUCUCCUCUCCUCUCUCUCUCUCUCAUCACUGAUCAUGGUGAUCACUGUAAUUUCACUCCCUGUAUAUCGCUUUCUAAUCAUCUCAACAUGUCCUCUCCUGGUGCAGGGUAUAGUAUAGAGGAGUGGAACAUCGGACACCUCAACUCUAUCUAGCUACUUUCCAUCUUCUCUCUCUCGCUUCCGUCUUUCCUCUAAUAAUAAUAAUAAUAAUAAUAUGCCAUUUAGCAGACGCUUUUAUCCAAAGCGACUUAGUCAUGUGCGCAUACAUUUUUACGUAUGGGUGGUCCCGGGGAUCGAACCCACUACCCUGGCGUUACAAGCAGCGUGCUCUACCAAUUGAGCUACAGAGGACCUCUAAUUCCCUCUCUCUCCUCCUCCCUCCCUUCUCCAGGGUAUAGAGGAGUGGAACAUCGGCCACCUCAACUCCAUCCUGGAUGUGAUUGAAGAGGACUGUGGGGUUUCUAUCCAGGGGGUUAACACACCCUACCUGUACUUUGGCAUGUGGAAGACCAGCUUCUCCUGGCACACUGAAGACAUGGACCUCUACAGCAUCAAUUACCUGCACUUUGGAGAGCCCAAGUCCUGG